AACGAAAGGCGUCACUGUCUCCUCCACUUACUCAUUGUCUUUCGCCAUUUCAGGUUUCUCGAAGGGAAAAUUAAACUGGCCUGUAAACUGUGAUUAUUAAAGGCCAUGUGGAAUCUCGUUUUAUUACUCUCCUUGGUACCGACUCCUCAUGCGUGGGUACCAACCCGCUCAAACACGCGUCGGAUCGCGUUGUCGACAAAGAUCAUGGCCCUACCGAUGGACGAUCUCGCUAAAACCGGCGACGAGCAGAACCCAUGCUGGGAAGAUCUUUAUGAUGACGACUGUGUAAUGAGCAACGCCGCAGCCGCCAAUUUUGUUGCGAGUAAAUGGAUCAAAGGAUUGCCUUGUGGGCAGGGACUUGAGGACUGCGAUAUGCCUGAAGAUCUAACGUUACCCGAGACAAGACCUGAAGCUGGCGUUGACCAUGUUGAUGUCAUGGAGUUUCUUGGUCUACAUAGGGCAGAAGGGAUCAACAAUGAUAAAAAUAGAGGCUCUUUUUUGCAGCCGUGAAUAAGAUGAGAAUUGGAUCCAGUUGAGCCUUGUAGUAAAGACAAUCAUUGCAUCAACAAAACCGCUUCUAUUGAUUGUAUUGUGGACAUUGGCUGCAAUGUGACCGUACUCCACUUGCUCACGGAAUACAUUCUCUGAGAUGAGCCAUAUCUUUUGCUGACUUUAUAAAGAGAGAUUUCUGUGUGUAAUUAGAAAACCCCUACGGCAAGCAUCCAGAUGGGGUUGUUAUGAGUUUU